AUGGAGGGCAGCAGUAUCCAUCAUUACCGGCUUCAGAACGGAUUUCCCCAGGCGCAAUGGACGUAUUCUAGAAACGGCUGGGUACUGCGGUGCAGAAGGCAACGGGAAACCACUGCACUACAUUCCCAAGAGAAUUCUCUCCUCCUAAUGAAAGUCAAAGAUACGGUUGAUAGUUCGUGCUGCGAUCCGACUCACACUCGGCGCCAUACUGAUUCCGGGUCGGAUGGUGUGAAAUGUGCUACCGGCUGCAAAGGUGUGGGGAAUCAGGUACCUUGCAGAAAUUAUGUUACUGGAACCAACACAAAUAUAAAUCUCCGAAAGAAAAGGAGGAUUGGGACAUGGAACAUCCGAGGUCUGGUCCAACAUUCUGGGAAGCUACAGAUCAUCGAGAGAGAGAUGAGAACUUACAAUCUUGAUAUUCUGGGACUGUCGGAAACACAUUGGCGGAAUAGUGGACAUUUCAGAACCGCCGAGGGAAACACCGUCUACUUUUCGGGUCCAGAAAAUACGAGCUCGAAUGGUGUCGCAAUAAUUGUGCCUCCGAAACUGAAUAACUCUGUAGUUGGAUACCGUGCAGUAGAUGACAGAAUAAUACAUGUCAAGAUACAAACCACCACAACAAUAGCGCAUUUUCUACAAAUCUAUGCACCAACAUCGAUAUCCUCGGAAAUGGAGAUAGAAGCGUUCUACGGUCGUCUUGAGGAGAUUCUUACCGAUAUCCCAAACCGUGACCUAUUGUUCAUCUUAGGCGAUUUCAAUGCCAAGGUCGGAAAAUCUUCAGAAGUCGAACGCGCUGUGGGAAAGUUUGGACUGGGCCAGAGAAAUGAGAGAGGAGAUCGCCUCUUGGAGUUUUGCAUACAAAAGAACCUUGCAAUUACUAACACUCUCUUCAAACACCACCCUCGAAGACAAUUCACGUGGCGGAGCCCGGAUGGUCGAACCAAAAACCAGAUUGACUACAUUCUGAUCAAACAACGAUGGAGAUCGUCGGCCACGAACUGCAGAGCCUACCCUGGAGCGGACUGCGGAACAGAUCACCAACUUUUAGUUCUCGAUUUCAGGCUUCGUUUUAAAAUAGUGUCUCCGAAACAAAUAAGAAAGGCCAUGAUACCGCAACCAUCAAAAGUCCAAGAUUUUAGGUUGGACAUAGAAAGUAAACUCUGCCUAGAUCAGGUAGAGAGCGAUCCUGAAAAAGGCUGA